GGGGCGGGCAGCCAAGCUGCCCCGCCCUGGUCCAGUGAUUGAUUAGUAGACGUUCUGAACCUCUCAAUGUUUCUCUUGAAUGAGAAUUAAUUCUGGAAUGAAUAAAUAAUGCAUUGAGAUUUAUGUAGUCCGAGGCAAGCCAGCGGUCCGGAGCCAGGAGAUAGAGCCCAGGGAGCCUCACUGGUGACGCCAGUGGCCACUGGGGCAAGAGGGGCAACUGGGUGAGGAAGAGAAAAGGAAAGUGAUGACAGCAUGAUCGGCUCAGUGACUCUGGCUGGGUGGCUGCAGGAACACGCUGAGCCCAAAGAUCAGGCAAGCCAGGAGGGCUCACUCCAAAAGCCUGGUGAUGGGAGAGCAGAGCCAGAGCCCUGGGCAGCCACCUUGCUCCCACAGGCUGGGCCCAGUGCUGAAGGCGGGCUGGCUGAAGAAGCAGAGGAGCAUCAUGAAGAACUGGCAGCAACGCUGGUUUGUGCUGCAUCAGGAUCAGCUUUUCUAUUACAAGGACAAAGAUGAGACCAAGCCCCAGGGAUUUAUUUCUCUACAAGGGAUGCAGGUGACCCAAUUUCUUCUUGGCCCUGAGGAUGUGGGGAAGCACCUCUUUAAGAUCAGCCCAGAUGCCGGGGAGCGGGAGAAGGUGCCGGCCAACCCUGAGGUGCUCCUGCUCAUGGCCAGUUCUCAACGUGACAUGGAGAACUGGGUGCAGGCCAUCCGCCGGGUCAUCUGGGCCCCAUUUGGUGGAGGGGUCUUUGGGCAGCACCUGGAGGACACAGUCCACCUUGAGCAGAAGUAUGGACCCCGUCUGGCUCCUAUGCUGGUGGAACAGUGUGUGGACUUCAUCCGGGAGCAUGGGCUUACUGAGGAGGGGCUCUUCCGCAUGCCAGGCCAGGCCAACCUGGUGAGGGACCUGCAGGACUCCUUUGACUGUGGGGAGAAGCCACUGUUUGACAGCACCACAGAUGUGCACACGGUGGCCUCUCUGUUGAAGCUGUACCUGCGGGAGCUGCCCGAGCCUGUAGUCCCUUUCGCCAGGUAUGAGGACUUCCUCAGCUGCGCCCAGCUGCUCACCAAGGACGAGGGGGAGGGGACUCUGGAGUUGGCUAAACAAGUGAGCAGCCUUCCCCUGGCCAAUUAUAACCUGCUCAGAUAUAUCUGCAAGUUUCUAGAUGAAGUUCAGUCCCACUCAAAUGUCAACAAGAUGAGCGUCCAAAACCUGGCAACCGUUUUUGGACCUAAUAUACUUCGGCCACAGAUAGAAGACCCAGUAACCAUCAUGGAAGGCACUUCCCUUGUCCAGCACCUGAUGACUGUCUUGAUCCGCAAACACAGCCAGCUCUUCACUGCAAGGACCACUGAAGGGCCAGCCUCCCCCCAUGGGAGCCCACCUUGCACAGUGGGGUGGGGCUCCGAGGAGGUCAUAAGGGACAGCCAGGGAGAGCCCAGGAGCCCCAGCGCCCCUGGCUUAUCCUCAUAUAGGACCUCAUCUCUGGAUGGGGCCACUGUGGCUGCACUGUCUAGAAACUCUCCCCUGGGCCCAGGUAGCCACUCUGGCCUGACCACCGGCAGUCCUGGGAAGAGGAUGCAGACUCUGCCUAGUUGGAAGUUUUCCUUUCGGCAGUCAGGGUCCCGGUCAGGGAGCCCAAAAGGAGGCAGCUCAUCCCUGGAGGUGCCCAUAAUCUCCUCUGGCAGGAACUGGUUCAUGAAUGGGUUGUCCUCCUUGCGUGGCCACCACGGGGCUUCCUCAGGAGACAGGCUCAAGGACUCGAGCACCUCACAGAGACUCUCCACCUAUGACAACGUGCCAGCAGCCAGCCUCUUCCCCAGCACUCCCAGCAUGUCCAGCUCAGCGUGGUCGGGCUCCUCCUCCUUUGAGGCCUUUGCUGGGGGCUCCAUCAGCAGCUGCACAGCCUGCCGGGCCAGCGACUCCUCUGCCUGCAGCUCCCUGCUCACCAAGGGGGCCUCAGAACCCUCCCCCUUCCCCAGCAGCAGUGAGGAACACAGAUCCCCAGACCUGGGCCGCAGCCUGGAUGAGGUGGGCCUCUGUCCCAGCAGCAGCGAGCCCAGCGACCCAGGCAGCCUGGCCCAGGACCGUGCCCACUACUCCACGACUCUGCAGGGCCUGGUCACAGAGCUCAGGGCAGAGCUAUGCCGACAGAGGACUGAGUACGAGACAAGUGUGAAAAGACUUGAAGGAGGUACUGCCAACCUGCGGAAACAAAUGUUGCAGCUAGAGGAAGAACUGGACCAGGAAAAGAAAAGGUACACCAUGCUGGAAAUCAAGCUGAGGAACUCAGAGCGGGCACGGGAAGAUGCGGAGAGGAGGAACCGGCUGCUGCAGCAGGAGAUGGAGGAGUUUUUUUCAACCCUGGGGAGCCUAACUGUUGGGGCAAAAGGUGCCAGAACCCCAAAGUAAAAGAGUUUGUUUCUGCUGUGCUUCUCGCCCUCCUCUCAGCAGAGUCCUGGCCUGGACUGUAAGGAGCCCGAGGCCCCUGCAGUGUGGACCCUGCCUCAGUGCCUGAGCUCGCUGGAGAGAGGAAUCCUGACAUCUGGGCAGGGGAUGGCUGGAAGCCUGGGCCCCUCAUGGGAUCUGGAUGCUGCUGCUAGGGCCCUGCAGGGCCUAGCAGGUGUCAGAGGGGAUAGUCCCUUGGCCACCAAAAGAGAUAGCACUGGAAUUCAAGUAGCCCACCCAGGAACAUUUUGCAUUCUUUAUUAAAUUUUCUCUAAAAGCA